AUGCCCUCCCCGACCUCGACCGCGCCCUCGACACCCACUGCGCGGCGUAGUUGGAAGCCCACGAUGCCUUCGAUUUUGGGCAAGAUGCGCAACUCGAUGGGACCGCGGACUAGUGUGGAGUGUGCUUGGAGUCCACCUGAUCCACAACGCGAGGCCCGAGAGGACGACAACAGGCUGUUCGCACGCUUGAAAGCCGGCUAUCCGUGCGAGGACGUCAAGCAUAUCUUGACGCUUGCGGGCAAGCACCAUCGUGAACUCGACGCUCAGGUCAACUUUGUCGCGUCCUGGGUUGCCAUGGUGUCCGAAUGGGCUGGAUCCAUCACGACGUACCUCCCGGCUCUCACUGCCACACAACGGCCGCUGGUCGUCCAACUGCGCGCCCAGGCUGAGACGUAUCUGUCUCUGACUCAGCUCCUGGCACUGGAACAUGCGCAGACGGGGGGACGAUUACGCGUCGCCGACGCACUGCUGCACCAUGCUCGCGUGUGGAUCGAGCUCGGUCGUGACCGCACUCACCAGCGCUUCGAGGACUUUGAGCGAGCUUCCGAAGGACGAGGGUGGCGGGGCAGUGCAGAGCGCCGCGGGAGUCAACAUCACGACGACGUAGCUGGCAACCUCGACUCGAUCGCCAACUUCCUCAGCGAGCUCACGAGCGUUGAGAGCCGCUUGCCCCAUCUCCGCAUGAGACUUGGUGAGGCAGUUGAAAGAUUGCUUGAAGCACAGAAGGAACUCGAUGAGAUGGUGCGCUCAAUCGAGGCUGCCAAGAGCCUGAUUGAGGGCUUAGUGGACGGCUCGGCGUGGACAGGAGCAGGAACACGUGUGAUGGCUGAUCUGACCACCGCACAGACUGACGCGCCUUGCCUCGCCGACUAA